AUGGGGUCUCUUGAGCCAGAUACUCCUCAGAAUAUUGAUAAAAUACCCAAUUUCUGGGAUCUUUUAUCAGAAACAGACAAAAACAGCUAUAAAACCCUCAAACUGGCGCUUGAUGCAAGUAUCAGUAAACGAAAUAGAGGGCACAGAAUGGAAGCAUUUGACAGUGUCUUGAAUGCUAUUCAUCGGUUUGCCGAGCGGCAUGACGAAAAUGAUUGGAGAAGGUUUCUCGUCUGCGGCCUUUGCUGGAUGGAUAAUAUGAUUGCGAUCAAUACUCGUCAAUUACGUCUUCUCAUUUCAAAAUGCAAAUCAUCGAUCAAUGGAAGCCUCCAUAAACUCGGAUAUACUACAAAUCAAUCACAUACUGAAUCUUGGAAAUAUUUAUUUGACCGAAUACCUUAUCUCAAAGAUAACUUUCCUGAACUGAGACAAUGGACUUUACGCUCUCGUGCAUCAACAAAUCAACAAAUCGUUGCUUACGUUGAUUCACAGAACGUAACUGUCCCAAAAGAUCCAGCUCAACCAAUACAAAUGCAGAUAUCAGUACCUAACAUAUCAGCAAAUGUUAUACGAGGAUAUUCAAGAACAUCUAACAUACAUUUAAAUCUCGUAUUUCCACCAAAUGUUGUUACGCAGAAUUCCACAUCUACACCCAAUACUAUUUCAGGAAGCCAAUCUCCCGUUAUAGUUAAGGCAGAGAAUGUUUCUACACAGCCAAUUCAGCUUCCAUUUCCUCCGCCUCCACCACCACCACCACCACCUGUUCAGGUUAAAACAGAAACAGCAAGUUCACAACCACCUGCUAAUCCACCAUAUCCAGAAAUUGCUCCUAAAGGUACUAGUACAGGCAAAGAAGCAUAUUGCCCAUUGAAAUAUAGAUCUCAGCUCAUGCAUAGGCAGAGCUCUAUCAGCAAUAUUAAGUAG